CUGGUAGCCAUCUUGGAUGUGCGAAGUGAUUGUUUGACGAGAAGAAUUGACAUUUUUUUUAUUUUAGAAAAGAAGCUUUUAUAUUGAAGCGCUGAAGAUUUACCGCAGUGUGGCGACUGAGGAAAUCAAUCUAAACUUGGAACAAUCCAGUGAAAGAAGGCAUGAAGACAUCAUCUUAGUCAUCAGUCAUGGCCGAUAAAAGGAAACUUCAAGGUGAAAUAGAUCGAUGUCUGAAAAAAGUAGCGGAAGGAGUGGAGCAGUUUGAAGACAUCUGGCAAAAGCUUCACAACGCAGCCAAUGCGAACCAGAAGGAGAAAUAUGAAGCAGACCUCAAGAAAGAGAUUAAAAAGCUACAGCGUCUUCGAGACCAGAUCAAGACGUGGGUGGCAUCCAACGAGAUCAAAGACAAAAGGCAGCUAGUAGAGAACCGCAAACUCAUAGAGACGCAAAUGGAGCGGUUCAAGAUAGUGGAAAGAGAAACCAAGACAAAAGCAUACUCGAAAGAAGGGCUCGGCCUCGCCCAGAAAGUGGACCCCGCCCAGAGGGAGAAGGAGGAGGUCGGCACAUGGCUAACGAACACGAUAGACACGUUGAACAUGCAGGUGGAUCAGUUUGAGAGCGAAGUGGAGUCUCUGUCAGUCCAGACGAGGAAAAAGAAAGGAGACAAGGAGAAGCAGGACCGGAUCGAGGAGCUGAAGAAGUACAUUGAGAAGCAUCGGUACCACAUCCGGAUGUUGGAGACGAUACUGAGGAUGCUAGACAACGACUCUAUACAGGUUGAAGCCAUCAGGAAGAUAAAGGAUGAUGUGGAGUAUUAUCUAGACUCAUCGCAAGAUCCAGAUUUUGAGGAGAAUGAGUUCCUAUACGACGACCUAGACCUGGACGAAAUUCCUCCGUCGCUGGUCGCCACCUCCCCACCGGGACACUCGCACUUGGAGGACGAGAUCUUCCAGAACUCCAGCAGCACACCUACUUCCACCACCUCAUCCUCACCCAUCCCCCCGUCACCUGCCACUUGCACUACAGAGAACUCAGAAGAUGACAAAAAGAGGGGACGUUCAACAGACAGUGAAGUUAGUCAGUCACCCGUGAAGAAUGGGAACCCCUCCUCUUCGUUAUCCUCUUCUUCCUCUUCCUCCUCUUCUUCUUCUUCAUCUUGUUCUUCUUCUUCCGUCUCGGGACUGACCUCAUCCUCAAUAAUCUCCAUGGUGACCAUCGCUGGAGGAGGAAGCAGUGGCUCUGGGGGCAACAGUCAUCACAGCAGCUUAGGGGGUCUCCUCUCCAACACUUCGGCUGGCAGCUACAGCAACGCCACCCAGCAGCAGCCGCACCCCUCAGCACAGCAGCAGGCCAAAAACUCAGUGAACUCCUCCUCCUCAGCGCCCAUCUCCAACUCCACGACCUCCACCAACAGCCACAGGGCCUCCUUGGCGUCUUCUCCGCCCAAUGCCAGCACACAAGGGCUGCUAGCUUCAAACUCCCAGCCCCAGGCACCGUCGGGACCCACUUCGACCUCCAACAGCCUUGGCCUUAGCCUGGGGCUCUCUCUGGGGAAAGGCGGCUCCAUCACCACCACCCCGAUGGCAGGGGGCCUCGGCUUGUCAGGGAUGCCGGCAUCCCUGAGCACCAUGGCAGGCCUUCUGUCCAGCUCCACCCCAGCACCCUACGCUCAGGCGGCCGCCUCAGGCACAGGCAGCUCAGGCUUACCAGGCUCUCUCGGAGGAGUCAGCACCACAACGACCAACAGCUCUGUGGGCGCCAUCGGCAGCAGUAUCACAGUCGGCGGGCCGACGUCCUCAACGGGAGGCCUGCUCGGCGCAGCGCCAGGGAUGGGGUCUGGGAUUCUGGGUUUGGGCUCUGGUCAGUCAGGGUUGCAGGGGUCUUCCCUGGUGUCACCAAGCCCUGUAGGAAGUUUAGCUCCAGGGAGCGGAGUAGGAGUCAUCGGGAGCAACGGAGGCAGUUCGGGAUCAGCAGUGAGCGGAGUCGUGGGAGGAAACUCUUCACUCUCUGUUCGACCACCAAGCCAACAGAAGCAGAACGGUAGCACCAGCUUUCCAGGUUACAGUGCUGUGGUAGCAGACAGCACAACAGACUCCGCCCUCAACAGUGCCACCCAAUCACAAAGCAGCCAACCCUCAUCUUUGACCUCCACAGCCAAUCAGCCUAAGGUCACGGGUCCCAGUUUACUGGGCUCCAUUAGUUUGUCAUCCAGCUCCCCAUCGCCGGCCUCCUACAGCGAGGCUAAAACGGUGAGCGGGGGCAGCCUGCUGAACGGGCCGCUGUCCUACUCACAGUCAUCGGACGGUAUCAAGGCAGGUAACACACACUCACGUACAGAGAAUCUGUUUCCCAUGAGUCUCCUUGUCUGUGCUCAUCAGCCCCCAGAGCCUCUAAGCAGCCUCAAGUCCAUGGCUGAGCGAGCUGCACUCAGCUCAGGGAUUGAGGGAGAUGUGUCCUCCCUGCACCUUACCCCAGACAUCUUCCCCAGCAGCACUACGGCUGCUUCGGGUCCCCCAUCAGCUCCUCAGUCCUCGCUGUCAGAGGUCAGCAUCCCCCCUUCGUUGGGGGUCUGUCCACUGGGGCCAGUUCCCCUGUCCAAAGACCAGCUCUACCAACAGGCCAUGCAGGAGACGGUGUGGACGCACAUGCCCCACCCGUCCGACUCCGAGAGAAUCAGGCAGUACCUGAUGAGGAACCCCUGCCUCACCUUGCCUUUCCACCACCAGGUGCCACCACCCCACUCCGACACUGUAGAGUUUUACCAGAGGCUUUCCACGGAAACCCUCUUCUUCAUCUUUUACUACCUGGAGGGCACUAAGGCCCAGUAUCUGGCAGCCAAAGCCCUGAAGAAGCAGUCAUGGAGGUUCCACACAAAGUACAUGAUGUGGUUUCAGAGGCACGAAGAACCCAAGACCAUAACUGAUGAGUUUGAGCAGGGAACAUACAUUUACUUCGACUAUGAGAAGUGGGGCCAGCGGAAGAAGGAGGGCUUCACGUUUGAGUACCGGUACCUAGAAGAUCGAGACCUCCAGUGACCUGCACUGACAGACAAAAGAACGGACAGCUCUGAAAGCAAGAGAGGGACAGAGAAAUGAACGCCGAAGAAGGAUGAUCCACCUGCUGACAUUCCUGGAUUUGACCUCAGAUUUCUGGGGGGGAAGGAGACAAGAGGGCCAGAGUGGGGGCCCUCCGACCCCGCCUUACCAUCCUCACUCUGGCAGCGACAACACCUCCCACCCUGUCAUCUCUUACCUCCUCUUCUUCCUCUUUAUCCCUCCAUCAUCAUACCUUUAUUUGAAUCCUUUAUCGACCUGCACAACCAGACACAAAAUCACACACGGUGCCCAGACUAUCAGUUUUUCCACCCAGUUACGUUGGCUUUAAAACUUAUUUCAGCCCUUUGAGGACCAAAGAGAAUUGGUUAAUCCCACCUACAGAACAGGCUCACCCCCCCUUUCAGAAACAUAAUCAUGAAAAGCUACGUCUGUGCUGGAGCAGCUCUCUGACUUCUGGCAUGCAGUGACGCAGAAAGGCAGCAAUCAGAUCAAGAAUCAGACCAAGAAUGUGAAUCUAGUUUUUCUAAUUAAAUGAGAUGAACGAGGAGAUGCAAACUGACUCAGGAUCAGCCAGCUGUUUUCUUUUUUUUCUUUGCUUUAUGAACUUAACAACGUGCAGCUUCCCAUAACCUGGAAACAUGCAGUUCUGCCUCCUUUUUUCCAGUUUUCUGCACCAGUGAUUUGAACAUGCAUACAGCAGUUUAUCUGCAUUAUAUAACAGGGAAAAUACCAGUGGGAGAUUAAAUUAAACCACAGGUAGCAAAGCAGCAAAACACACAUUGGUUGGUCUGAUCUGACUUGCACGUCCUGCAUAAUCAAGAGCUACAGAGCAUAAAUUUAUGUGAAAAUGUUCACUCAGGCCUUUUUUUGUUUUGUUUUUUUUGGGGGGGGCUGCUGCCUCCAUCUCAGCUUAAAAUAAACCACCCAAACGUUUGUUGUAGGUGGCACCGCAGGCCUCGGUCGCACUUAACUGUCUUUCAGAGGUCCUGUUUUGUUGUAGUGAAGCUUUUUUUAUUUUUUUAUGAAUCAGAUAUCUAAAAAAAAGCCUGCCUGCUCCCAUCGAGCUGUGGUGCAGGAAUGUGACUAACAGCUCGAUGAGGUGUUGGUAGUGACUCGUCUUCUACCUGGGCAGCAUUAUGUCACCAUUUUCACAGUUCUUUCUUUCUGUUUGACAAGUUUAUCCUCAAAUAAGUCAGAUUAAUUGUUUCCUGUUGCACGCCGUUUAAAAUGAAGAGACGCACGUCACCAUAAACUUUAGAGUCAGGUUAGGAGUAUCAACUGAUCCUGAAACACACAAGGCCGCAGGAGUGAGGAUUGUGGGUGUUGGAUGCUGCCAUCAGCUGGAUGGACAGUUUGCGAGUCCUUCCUCCUCCUCCUCCUCCUCCUCUUCUGUGCCGAAGAGCACAACACCAGCACUGCUGCCCACUCCUCCUCUGUCCUCCAGCUCCACGUUUACACACUGAAGGAUUCAACUGGGUUCACAAUAAAAACACACACACUUCCCAAGUGUUUUUUUCUUCUUUAAUUUUUUUUCCCUUCCACACAUGAAUCCUGAACAGCAGCUUAUUUUAUCUUCAUUUACUCCUCUUCCUCUCCUCUCAGCCACACACCUCGUCUUAUCUUCACGCCAGGUAGAUAUUUCCUUUAUUUCUCAGGAAGUGUAGAUCGACCAUUUUACGAGGAAAUGUAUCCGCCAGCAGCUCCUGUUGCCACAGCACAACAAGCGAGUAAUCUUUAAAGAAAAAAGUUUUUUAUUUCGAUCUCAUUAAGGAACCGUUGGCCCGGCGGCUGUCUUUUUCAUUUCACCUGAAGCAUUUCUUUUUUUUUUUUUUUUUUUUUUCCCCUCCAAAUACAAAUAUCCUCCAAUGUUUGGAGCAGCACCCAGAAAAGACCAUCUUUAUAUUUUGUAUUUGUUUUGGUAGAUAUGUAUAUUUUUUGUUUUCAGAACCAGGGGGAUCAUUUAAAAAAAAAAAGAGGAGAACGAGGACCCCUGUUCUUUCUAAAGAUCACUUACUUCUCUACAAAAGUGUUUUUAUAGCCAAAACCCAGAGACGUACACACAAACUCUACACUCUUCCACUUGACUGACAGUCCUGCAUUUAACUUUUUUUGUGUUUACUUAUUUUUGACAAGUGGACGGGAAGGAGAGGUUGAGUCCAAAUGUGAAUCUCUCUCUCUGUCCCAUGUCAGAAGUGUUGUAUAGACUCAUUCAAACCUCUCCUUUUUUUUUCUCUCCUGUUUGUUGUCGUCAGACAGCAUGGAAUACUGACACUUGCAAAGUGGCGCUGAAAAAGUAAAUAAUGACAUAACCAUGCAUAAAGGAUUGUAAAAUAUUAAUAAAAGAAUUACUUUUCAGAAA